UGCAACUCGCGAUUUUAUUUUAUCCCCCGGUCCAGUUUGCCUUUUCACAAUAACAUCCUUUGCGCACCUUUUUAUUCUAUUGCUGGGUAUACAGAAUGCCAGCAAAACGCAAAGAUGCCUCUGCGCCAGCAGCUGGACCGCGGUCCAAGCUAGCUAAAGAACACAAUAUUACCGCUGCGGAAGAAACAGAGAUCAAAGAGGCAUUUUCAUUAUUUUCGCAAAAGAUGGAGGGCGAGAAGGAGGGCGUUAUUGCUAUGGGUGAUGUGAGGAGGGCGUUGAUCGCCCUAGGACUAACCCCCACCCCCUCCGAACUCCGCGAAUACCACAGCAUCCUCGACCCGGAAGACGAAGGCUUUACUGUCUAUCGGCAUUUCGUUGCCAUCUGCGCUAUUAAAUUUCAUUCCCGGACUCGAACAUCGGACUCACAUAAGAAAGAUGUAGAUGAUGCGUUCCGUCUAUUUUCAAAUGCUGGACAGAAGAAGGGCGGCAGUGGAGGCGGAGAGGACAUGGGAAGAAUUACAUUGGCGACGUUGAAGAGGGUUGCGAGGGUGUUAAAGGAGGAUGUGGAUGAGGAGUUGCUGGUUAGUAUGUUAUUAGAGGCAAAUGGCGGACAAGGUGUUGGGAAGGGCGUGGAGAGAGAUGAGUUUGAAGAUGUGAUGAGGAGGGCGGGGAUGUGGAGGUGACGGUUGGGUGAAUGGGUCAAUUUGACAUCUGAUGAGCGAUCUUGAGCACUUGGCGCACGUGGAGUUUUGGGACAUAAUUUAUUGGUGGCAUUCCUGGCAUGAAAUUUGGGAUUGGAUUGAAAUUACCCUCGAUGGAGUUAAAUGCACGGGGAAACAGGAGUCUAGCGAAGCAUU